UCUUCCCGUUGCAUUGUGGGAAAAAGAAAAUAUUGGCCUCUUUUCCGAAACUCUCAACAAGCAUGGGAGCUAAAAAACCAGACCCUAAAGGAGGGUCCAAAGGGGGCUCAAAACAGCCAGCUAAAAAGAAGGAAGGUGGUGGAAAGGCCAAGAAGAAGAAGUGGUCCAAGGGAAAAGUCCGUGACAAGUUGAACAAUUUGGUAUUAUUUGACAAGGUAACACUUGAAAAAUUUAGGAAAGAAGUACCUAGCUACAAACUGAUCACACCAUCAGUAGUGUCAGAAAGACUGAAAAUCAGAGGUUCCCUAGCCAAGAAAGGAUUGUUAGAUCUACACAAGGAAGGAAAAAUUCGCCUGGUUUCCAAGCACCACUCCCAAUGGAUCUUUACCAGAUCCACCAAAGAAGAGGAGGCUGAGGAAGCUGCUCAGUCAGCAGCAGAAGCUAAAGAUGCUGAAAAAGCAGAAAAAGCUGAAAAGGGUGAAAAGGGUGGAAAAGGAAAGAAAAAAGCAGAAAAAUAAAAACUUGAUAGCUCCUAA